AUGGGUACGGGCGAGAGGUACCAGGAGAGGAGCGUGGUGCCUGACAGGCCGCCGCCUGCCUCGCACGCGCCGCCGCCUGUGAGCCAUGCGCCGCCGCCGCAGCCGAGGUACCAGAAGCGGAGCGCGGUGCCCGACAGGCUGCCGCCUUUCUCGCACGCGCCGCCGCCUGUGAGCCAUGCGCCGCCGCCGCAGCCGAGGUACCAGGAGAGGAGCGCGGUGCCCGACAGGCCGCCGUCUGUCUCGCACGCGCCGCCGCCUGUGAGCCAUGCGCCGCCGCCGCAGCCGGUGAGUUGA